AUGACAGUACUCUCACUGUUACUAAAACAAGUAAAAACAGUAUUAAGUUAUGUUCCGUACCGAAACCUAUCAAAAGCCGCAUCAGACUCCGUAAAGUGGAAACGAGUAAAACAAUACACAGACGCAGCAAUGCCAGCCUCUAGAGCAGACCCGGUGAUAACCAAGCUAGACUCUCCCGAGUUCCGUUCAAUAUUUUCCCCAGAAUUAGAAACCCUAGUCUCCCUAUUCAAAAAACACAACCAUGAAAUCAGAAUCGCGGGCGGAGCAGUCCGAGACAUCCUAAUGGGAAUAACUCCCAAGGACCUGGACUUCGCAAGCACUGCAACUCCAGACGAGAUGAAGCAGCUGUUCACCUUCGAGGGUAUCAGAAUGCUGAACACCAAAGGUGAAAAGCACGGGACCAUAACAGCUCGAAUAAACGACGCGGAAAACUUUGAAAUCACCACCUUAAGAAUCGACGUGGUUACCGACGGCCGGCAUGCGGACAUCGAGUUCACCACCGACUGGAAGCUGGACGCGAGUCGCCGCGACCUGACCAUAAACUCGAUGUACCUAGACUUGGACGGGCGAGUGUUCGACUUUUUCUUCGGCUACGAGGACCUCAAGAACAGAAGGGUCGCUUUUGUUGGAGACCCAGCUACCAGGAUCCAGGAAGACUUUCUCAGGAUUCUCAGGUACUUCAGGUUCUACGGCAGAAUCGCUGAAAACCCGAGCAACCACGACGAAGCUACUAUCAAAGCAAUCGUGGAAAAUGUCGAAGGCUUGGAGAGGAUUUCUGGCGAAAGGAUCUGGAUGGAGUGGAGCAAGAUCUUGGAAGGAAACUUCGCGGUUGAGCUCAUGCUCAAGAUGCUACAGUGCAAUAUAGCUCAGUAUAUUGGCUUGCCGGAGCACUCUAACUUGGAGAACUUCAAGAAGAUCUGCGAGAGAGCCCACGCUGCUGGACACAAGCUCCAUCCUAUCACCAUGAUCGCCGCGAUGUUGAAGAAUCCGGAUGACGCAAUGAACCUCCACGAAAGAUUGAAGCUCUCCGCUUACCAGAGAGACCUGGCUGUCUUCGUAACCACGCACCGCGAUGAUGAGCUCUUGCCCUAUCCUCUCUAUCCCUUUCAAUGCCAGCUGCUUAAAUCCAACAAGCCGAUGGUCACCAAGGAGUACAUCAAGGAAGUCAUUAAGUAUCUAGGAAACUUUGAGCUCCUCAAACCCUUUGAAGAGUGGAACCCGCCCAAGUUCCCGGUCAACGGUCAUGAUCUCAAGCCUCAUGUCACUUAUCCUGUUCUGAUUGCUCACACCAUAAACGCUCUCAAAGACUCCUGGCUCCUGGACGGCUGCAAAACCUCCAAGGAGGAAUUGAUGAAACGCGCUCCUGAUAUUGUCGUCGCUUUGCAGGAAAAGUACAAGCCGCUUAUUGAAAAAAUUAAAAAUAAGGAAAAGCCAAGCAAGAAAAAAGGAAAAUUUUAA